AUGUUGACAGUAAUGUGUCCAAACUGUCGUCACCGAUUUCCAGCUUCAGGUUGUUGCGAACCUCGAAAUAUGGAUAAAGAUAAUACUCUAAUUCAUCCAACAACCUGUUAUUAUGGUGGCCUAUUAGUUCCUAAGCGCUAUACUAGUGGUGGUGGUUGUUUUAUAAAUGCACCAACUAUUAUUCAACCUGUUAUCAAUACCUUCAACUAUCCUUCAAUGGCACUUGAUUUGGAAAAGUCAAGAAUUGAUAAACAAAAGGAAAGUACCCUUCAAAAGUUUAAAAAGAAUACACAAGUUCUUGGAUUUCCAUUAUUUAAUGAAGAAAUACAAAAAAAUCAAGGUUCUGGGUGUCAAAUCACCACAAGCUGUGAUUUAACUGGAGGAAGUGUGACAAUAACAACACCGAGUAUACAAUCUGGAGGCUGUUUAAUUCAGAGUACAGAUUCUGGCAAUUUUAUGCAAACACCACACAUGGAAAUUCGCCCAAAAUUGUCUGGUGGUGGAUGUUUUAUGCAAAAGCCAACAUCAGCUGAAAAUCACGAAGCUUCUAAUACAUUUCAUGAACAAAGAAAUCAACAAGAAAGUAUGACUCAUGAUAAAAGGAUGUUUUUAAUACCUCCAAGUGGCUGCCAGGAAUUACCAGGGACUCGAAGAAGUACUUUAUCACAAAAACUAGAAGAAGGAACUUCAUUUGAAAAUUGUGAGGAAAAAUCAGUUUUUUCUAACUUUAAAGUGACUAAUGUGUUGCCAGCCAUGCAAUUUCAACAGGCUAAAAAUUCUAAAAAGGACGAACAAGAAUUUGAUCAGGAUCGAGAUUUUAAUUGCUGUUGUAAUAAUGUUCAGAAACUUUAUCAUGUCAAGUCAAAUAACAAUCAAGUUUCUAAAAAUCAUAACUCCAUGGCUUUAGACCAAAAUCCAGGAGUACAGAUUCAAGUAAAUGCGACUGUACAGCUUCCUGCAAGUUUAGGACAAUGUACAGUGAAUAUAACUGCAACUACUACAAAUUCACCUGAUUCUUUGGCGGGUAUAACUUCAAGAACUAGAAAUAAUUUUAAUGGUGGAGGUUUAGUGCAGAAGAACGACAUACAGAAUAAUGAAGAAAAUUUUGAUGACAGACGAGAUAGAUCUCCGACUACGCCAGUGUCUUGGUUAAUGCCAUGUCCUUGGAGUUUUGAUAAUUACAUGAUAGACAGGAAUGCAGCUAGACUGAGUGAAGUUAAAAGACUUUUACAAACUUGUGGUUGGUAUCAUGAGGGUCUUAGUUGGCAGCAAAGUGAAAAUUUAUUAAAAAAUGCUGCAGUUGGUCGAUGGUUAAUGAGAGAUAGUUCAGAUAGCAGAUAUAUGUUUGCUGUGUCUGUGCAGACUGCUAGAGGUCCUACUUCUGUUAGAGUUCACUAUUUUCUGGGACAGUUUCGAUUAGAUGCUGAACCUAGACUUGCUUUUGCGAUUCCACUUUUUGAUUGUCCAAUUAAGAUGCUGGAAUAUUAUGUAGAAUAUUCCAAAAGUGUCGAUGAACAUAGAAAAGAAGUUUGGGUAGAUUAUAGUGGACAACUUUAUAGUGAAAUUUAUUUGACAAAACCUUUAGUUAAAGGAGUUAGGUCCCUUAGUCACUUGGCCAGGUUAGUUGUUAAUAGGAGUAAAUUACCCACUAAACAUUUGCCACCAUUAAUUAGAAAUUACCUAGCAGAAUAUCCAUACAGUCUUUGA